AUGGAAGACCACAGGCAGGCUAAUUGCAAUGUCAUUGGGGAACUAAUAAAAUCAAAAUACAUGUCAAUAAAGAGAGUACACACACCACAUGACAUAAUCAACGACAUGCUAGAUGAUUUUGGUGUUUCAAUGGGGUACCAAAAAGCCUUGAGAGAAAGAGAAAAAGCUUUAGAAUUGGCAAGGGGAAACCAAGAUGAUUCAUACCAAAAACUUCCCAUCUACCUUCACAUGUUAGAAGUCUCGAACCCAGGUACAAUUACACACCUGGUUACAGACAAUACAGAUCACUUCAAAUAUAUGUACCUAGCAUUUGCAAAUUCCAUCAAAGGAUGGAAACACUGUAGGCCAGUCAUUGUGAUAGAUGGAACUUACUUGAAGACAUCAUUUGGGGGAACUUUAUUCACUGCUUCAACAAUGGAUGCUAACAACAACAUAUUUCCAUUAGCCUUUGGAAUAGGAGACUCUGAAAAUGAUUCAUCAUGGUUAUGGUUUUUCACAAAGCUAAAGGAGACAUAUGGAGAAAGAGAAGGUAUGGCAAUCAUUUCAGACAGGCAUAAAAGCAUAGAAAAUGCUAUAGACGAUGUAUACCCAAAAACUUUCCAUGGAGCAUGCAUAUUCCACCUGUUAAACAACAUCAAAGUCAAUUUCGGUGUCCAUGGGGAGGACCUAAACCUAAACUUUGUCAAAGCAGCAAAGGCAUACAGGGUACAAUCAUUUGAGCACUACAUGCAUGAAAUAGACAAGAUUGACACAUGCAUAAGACCAUAUUUACAAAAAAUUGGAUAUUCAACUUGGUCUAGAUGCCAUGCUCCAACAAGAAGAUAUACAAUGAUGACAUCAAAUAUAGCUGAAUCAAUAAAUGCUGCAUUGAAAGCUGCAAGAACGCUGCCAAUCACUACAAUGAUGGAGGGCCUUCGAAGUUUAGUUAAAAAAUGGGCAUGGAAAAAUGGUAACGAAGCAAACAGAACAUUCACACAAGUAACAACAGAUACUGAAACUGUGCUUAGAGAAAACUUUAUUCGUGCCAUUAAAUUUCAGGUCUUCCCAGUAAACACUAUACUGUACCAAGUUGUGGUUGAACAGAAAGGAAAUUUUUUGGUCAACCUAAUGGAGAAAACAUGUGAAUGCAAAAGGUUCUAA